AUGAUGAUUCUUUUCAAACGUUAUUCAUUAUUGAACAUAAUUAUUCAUCGAUGUUUAUCAUCAAAAGGUCCUUCACUUUAUGAAACAUUAAAGGUGUUUGAAAUUUCACCGGAUGUUUUUGUUCAACCUGCUGAAACUUUAUUCGUAUAUCCUUAUCGUACAAGUGUAUUCGGUGGACAAAUUAUUGGUUCAGCUAUUUAUGCUGCUCAAAAAACAUUACGUAAAAAUCAUCCUUUACAUAGUCUUCAUUCAUAUUUUCUUGCAGCAGCUGAUAAUUCAUCAGCAAUAACAUAUUCAGUUAAACGAUUACGUGAAGGUAAAUCAUUUGAAGCUCGUAGUGUCACAGCUGUACAAGAUGAUAAAAUAAUUUUUGAAUGUGAAAUGAGUUUUCAUCGUAAAGAACAAGGAAAUUUAGCACAUCAACCUGUAAUGCCUAGUGUUGAUGUUGUUCCACCUGAAAAACUUCGUUCAACAAGACAACGUUUUCGAAGUCUUCUUGAAGACAAACGUUUACCAGUUGAAUUUCGACCAUUACUUGAACAAGCUCUUGAAAUGCCUACACGUAUUGAUAUUCGUCAUUGUCAUCCACGUGAUUUACUUACACCUACACCUGAAUGGCCAGCACGACAACUUGUUUGGAUUAAAGCUAUUGAACCAUUACCUAAUGAUUCACAUUUACAUCGAGCUGCUGUUGCUUAUUGUAGUGAUCGUGUAUUAUUAACUUCAGCACUUCUACCCUAUGCAAUUAAUAUAUUUAGUACACGUAUUCGAAUGCAAGUUUCACUUGAUCAUUCAAUGUGGUUUCAUGAUGAUUUUGGUUUUGAUCCUACACCACCACAUAAUUUAUUAAAAGAUGAUGAGCCAUCAAAAUUAAUUGAACGAACUCCUAAUAUUCCACCUAUACCACCUAAAACAUCUGUACGUGCUGAUGAUUGGUUACUGUAUGAAUUAGAAUGUCCAAUAGCUAUGCAUAAUCGAGCAUUAACUUUUGGACGAAUAUGGACUAGAUCUGGACGACUUAUUGUAACAUGUGCACAAGAAGGUGCUAUUCGAUGUAAUUAA